CAUUUAAAUAAUCUCUUGCCUUCCGAAGACGUGUGUGAAUUCGAUUGCCGUCUAUAUAUACAUCGCCGACCUCAAUCUCCGGCUCUUGUAGAUCUGAAAAGUCCAUUGCCAAAGCUUCAAACAAUCUUCACCACCAAUUGCUUCUAAUCACUCAAGUUCAGUGUGCAAAACCCAGAAAGAAUCAUGGGAUUUGAUGAUGUUAACAAGAACUCAGAAGCAAGUUCAUCGUCCCAUGUCUUGAAUCUCCCAAGAGAAACAAGCCCACUUCUCGAUUCAAAAUCCCCACGUCUCUCCUCCCAAUUGAAGACUUUUGCCAACGUCUUCAUCGCCAUCGUCGGCGCCGGCGUUCUUGGCCUCCCUUACACCUUCAAACGCACUGGAUACGCCACCGGAGCCCUCACCGUCUUCGCCGUCGCUUACUUCACCAACCACUGUAUGAUGAUGCUCGUCAAAACCCGCCAUAAGCUCGAAUCGGUCAACGGCUUAUCCAAAAUCAAUUCCUUCGGAGAUCUCGGAUUCACCGUCGCCGGUCCCGUCGGCCGAACAGCCGUUGACGUCAUGAUCGUGCUUUCCCAGGCUGGUUUCUGCGUAAGUUACCUCAUCUUCGUCGCCAACACCUUGAUGAACAUCUUCAAUUUCACAUCAACAUCAAAUCCCACCACCCCUAAUAUUCUAGGGUUAUCCGCCAAAACUUUUUACAUCUGGGCGUGCUUCCCAUUUCAAUUAGGAUUGAAUUCGAUUCCAACAUUAACCCAUUUGGCCCCUUUAAGCAUUUUCGCUGACGUAGUUGACAUCGGAGCCAUGGCUGUGGUUAUGGUGGAAGAAGUGAUCGUAUACUUGAAUGCUAAACCAGUUUUACAAGCAUUUGGUGGAUUUUCUGUGUUCUUUUACGGCAUCGGUGUGGCGGUUUACGCCUUCGAAGGGAUCGGAAUGGUAUUGCCAUUAGAAUCAGAGAUGGAAAACAAAAACAAGUUCGGUAAAGUGUUAAGUGUAACAAUAGGUUUCAUUGCUGUAAUGUUUGCAUCUUUUGGUGUAUUUGGUUACUUUGCAUUUGGUGAUGAAACCAAAGACAUAAUCACUACAAAUUUAGGGCAAGGAUGGUUGAGCAGUUUGGUACAAUUGGGUCUUUGCUUGAAUCUGUUCUUUACUUUUCCUAUAAUGAUGAACCCUGUUUAUGAAGUCUUUGAGAGAAUGUUUUGUGAAGGAAGGUAUAGUUUGUGGGUGAGAUGGGGGAUGGUUUUAGUGGUGAGUUUAGUGGCUCUUUUGGUGCCAAAUUUUGCUGAUUUCUUGUCUUUGGUGGGUAGUAGUGUUUGCAUUGUGUUAGGGUUUGUGUUGCCUGCUUUGUUCCAUUUGAUGGUGUAUAAAGAUGAGGUGGGUUGGGCUGGGUGGAUCAAAGAUGGAGCCUUUGUUGUUUUUGGUUUGAUUUUGGCUGUUACUGGCACAUGGACUUCUUUGCUAGAGAUUCUUGCACCUAAAGCUUGAAGGAAAAAGUGGUCAUUUUUGGUCAAAAGGAGAAGAGAUGAGAUUGUUGAGAAACCAUUGCCUGCGAUCUUUCUUGAAAUUUUGAGAUGAAGAUCCAAGCAUGGAUUGAAGGGGUGUAUGUUUGUAGAUAUACAUAGACAAUAAUGUGUCGUUGGUUCGACCUUGGUUCAUGAACGUGGACCAUUUGGGGCCAUGUUUAAGAGACGCGAUGGGGGUGUUUGGAAUUGUGAUUCAAAGUGAUGACCAAAUUCGAAGAAUUGGAUGGAUGAAGGUAAAGUGUUUGUUUGUUUAUUAUGUUUAGAAAUUGUGUACCAUAAUGUGCUUAUGGAGAGUCUUGUUUGUUAUUGUAUUAAUUGCAUGAUUUGUUGUAUGAAUUGCAAGGUUUUAAGCAUAAAUUUAGGCAAGAUAUUGGUUACCGAAUUC